AUGCUCGAGAUUCUCAACAAUCCUGCCGCCAGCGAGCUGACCGAGGUCGUAUUUCACGAAGACGGCUCCUGGUCCAGCAUUGAUGGCUCUAUCUCCGUCUCAUCCACCGGGCAUCAGAUACCAUCUGAUCAGUCAGCGAAGACCUAUCAUUCUUCUAGCCAUUUUGAUGUCACCUCUUCCGGCCGACCUAUCCAGCCUGUUGACCUUUCCUCACCAUCUGUGGCCAUUGGGUCAUACAAAUCAAGUGUGGAUAAAGCACUAUCUAUGGGACACCUCAGUGGUGCGGCCGAUUCAUUUAAUGUUAACGGUUCUUACCAAAUUCAUGACUCCGCUUCUGCAACAGAGGUUUCCUGUGACAUGUAUCGGACUGGUACCAACACUGUAAGAUGUUGUUCCUUCCUCAAAAUGUGA